AUGGUGAAGCUGAACGGCACCCCCGGCGAGAAGGGCGCCAAGCCCGCCUCGGUGGAGGACGGCUUCCAGACAGUCCCCCUCAUCACCCCCCUGGAGGUGAACCACCUGCAGCUGCCGGCUCCCGAGAAGGUGAUCGUGAAGACCAGGACGGAGUAUCAGCCGGAGCAGAAGAACAAAGGGAAGUUCCGGGUGCCGAAGAUCGCUGAGUUUACGGUCACCAUCCUGGUCAGCCUGGCGCUCGCCUUCCUCGCCUGCAUCGUGUUCCUGGUGGUGUACAAAGCCUUCACCUACGACCACAGCUGCCCGGAGGGCUUUGUCUACAAGCACAAGCGCUGUAUCCCGACCUCCCUGGACGCCUACUACUCGGCGCAGGAGCCCGCCUCCCGGAGCCGCUUCUACACGGUCAUCAGCCACUACAGCGUGGCCAAGCAGAGCUCCGCCCGCGCCAUCGGGCCCUGGCUCUCGGCCGCCGCCGUCAUCCACGAGCCCAAGCCGCCCAAGACCCAGGGCCACUAG